CCUGACUGGUACCCGCAGUUGAAAUGUGAAAAUGCUCAUACAUGGACAUGCUUUCGAAACGUGUUUAAAAAGAACAGUGUUCCCCUGAACGAUGGCUGCCUCGGGAAAACUGGCGUCUUUCCGUCUGCCUCCCUUGCCUACUGUAGGAGAGCUUAUAAAGCUGUACAACCUGCGUGCUGAAAGGCAGCUGUCCCAGAACUUUCUGUUGGACUUAAGGCUCACAGACAAAAUAGUGCGUCAUGCAGGCAGUUUGAGGGAUGCCCAUGUGUGCGAGGUGGGUCCUGGUCCCGGGGGACUCACGCGCUCCAUCCUCAAUGCCGGGGUAGCGGACCUGCUUGUGGUGGAGAAGGAUACACGCUUCAUCCCAGGGCUGAAGCUCUUGUCUGAGGCAGCACCAGGGAGGUUGAGGGUUGUCCACGGUGACAUACUCACUCACAGAACGGACCGAGGAUUCCCAGCAAAUAUCUCUAAGCCAUGGGAGGAAGAUCCACCAAACCUUCACAUCAUAGGCAAUCUUCCAUUCAAUGUCUCAACCCCCCUCAUCAUCAAGUGGCUGGAGAACAUUGCCAACAGGACAGGGCCCUUCUCCUACGGACGCACCCGACUGACGCUCACUUUCCAGAAGGAGUUUGCAGAGAGGUUAACAGCCAGCACUCGCAGUAAACAGAGGAGCCGUCUGUCCGUAAUGGCUCAGUAUCUCUGCACAGUACACAACUGCUUCACCAUCCCUGGACGGGCCUUCGUCCCUUCACCACAGGUGGACGUGGGAGUAGUUCACUUCACCCCUCUGGUUCAGCCCCAGAUCCAGCAGCCCUUCAAGCUGGUGGAGAAACUCGUAAGGAACGUCUUCCAGUUCCGCAGGAAGCACUGCCACAAAGGAAUAGAGAUGUUGUUCCCCACGGCUUGUCGUGCAGAGCUGACAGAGGAGAUGAUGCAGAAGGCCGAUGUGGACCCCACUCUGCGCCCGACGGAGCUCACCAUACCCCAGAUCAGGGCUUUAGCGGACGCCUACGCUCACCUCUGCACACGUGAGCCCGGUCUCUUCAGCUAUGAGUUCAGAGAAGAGAACAGGCUGAAGCACCUCACCGGGCAAAGGAAAACACCAAUAGACGCAUUUACCGACACGCCAACCGGCGCACCACCAAGUCCUUGACAACCCCGCAGAAAGAAGAAGAAACAGCCAAGAGAAGCCCCAUUAAUGGCCUCUGUUAGCACAGGGAGACAACAGACUGCUCUUAGCUUUGACAUUUUCACCUGGCAUAUGCAUGCAUUUUUAAAACGCUUUUCCCUCCACCCAGGGAGCAAUAGGUAUCUUGGUAUACAUGAAAUCCUGGGGCAGAGGCAAGAAACACGAGGCACAUAAAAAUCCUGGGUGGGCUCGAUCGGCUCUCGUUCCAGGAUGGGACAAACUCAAAGCCCAGUCGUGUGUUUUUGGGAGAAUAAAGAAAGCGUGCUCCUCGCCCCCAGUAGCUCAAACAGUGAGUACCUCUUUUAUAUCCCGAUUCUUACUUCGGAUCCAACUUGCAUAACACCUUGUCCUGUGGGACCUGAGAGAAAUGUCAGUGUUUUCAGGGUGGUUUAGAGAAUGGGAACAACAUGGCAGCGCCAUAUCCAGGCCAUUUUUUCCUUCCACUGUGUACUGUAUUGCUUAGUCACUUGGGAGUCAGAGCUUAAAGGGAGGAGGAAAGUGGUGGGAAUUUGUCAGCUCCAGUAAGCCUCUUGUUGUAUUAAAGGAAGAAGAAUUGAUGCCUAUGGUGAAAAAAAAGGGCUAAAAAAUGUUAAUAUAACAUAAAUGUGGGUGGAGGCACUGAUGUCAUACACAUUUGUUACAUUUCUUGUGCAGAAUACAGCGUUUAUGACGUGUAUGUUCAUUAAUUUCGAGCCUGCUGUUGUCAUUUAAGGUUUUAAUAUCAAUAAAAGUUUAAAAAUCUCCACUUUCAAUGCUAGAGCAGAUUAGCACCAACAGAACACGACAGGGCUGCAGCCUGCCAGCGUGGCAGAUGGUACGCUACGGUUGACGUGCCAGAGAGAGAAUUCACUCAGUUCUGAUGAUUGGUGGGUGUUAAUCUCCAACCACAGUCAGGAUUUCAUCAGAUCUACAUGGCAGAUAGGUGCGCGGGGCUGCCACGUUGGCUCAGUGACCCUAAAGAAACAUCAAGUGGUUUUGUGUGAUGAUUAUUGCGUGUGUGGGAAGAGCUUGGAUGGUGGGAGCCGAUAUCAUGCACAAGGGGAGGGUAAUUAGCCGCUGAUUAGAUACACCUGUUCAGCAGUGGAGCUAUUCUGUCAAGCUAUGCUGUAAUGAUGUUUGUUCUUGUUUGGGCUUCAUAAUAUAUAUCCACAUUUAGCUCUAAAUGACACCUCAGCUACCUGCCUCCAGUAGCAGCAGCAGAGGCCUGCAAGCUGCUGUUACUGGACCGACAGAGUCCGGUCCUGUAGUUACAGGUGAGUCAAAGCUCGAUCCUCAUGUCAAACUGGCUGUCAUGUAUGGGACACGCAUUGUUUAGGCUUGUAACAAAAAAAAAAAAACUUGAUCAGAGUUGUUUUGAACAUGCCCCUCUGAAAUACAGUGA